AUGCCAGUUUUUCAUACAAAGACGAUAGAAAGUAUCCUGGAGCCGGUGGCUCAGCAGAUAUCACAUCUAGUGAUUAUGCACGAAGAGGGAGAAGUGGACGGGAAAGCCAUCCCGGAUCUCUCUGCUCCCGUGGCUGCGGUGCAAGCGGCUGUCAGCAAUCUCGUCAGGGUAGGGAGAGAGACGGUCCAGACCACAGAGGAUGCCAUAAUGAAGAGAGACAUGCCUCCAGCCUUUACCAAGGUGGAAAAUGCUUGUACGAAGCUGGUACAGGCUGCUCAGAUGUUAAAGGCAGACCCAUACUCCGUGCCAGCGAGAGAUUACCUCAUCGACGGCUCCCGUGGGAUUCUCUCUGGCACCUCCGACCUUCUCCUGACCUUCGAUGAGGCAGAGGUUCGUAAAAUAAUCCGUGUUUGUAAAGGCAUAUUGGAGUACCUGACUGUGGCAGAGGUGGUUGAGUCUAUGGAAGACCUGAUCACCUACACUAAGAAUCUGGGACCAGGAAUGACAAAGAUGGCGAAGAUGAUUGACGAAAGACAGCAGGAGCUGACACACCAGGAGCACAGAGUCAUGCUGGUCAACUCCAUGAACACGGUGAAGGAGCUGCUCCCGGUGCUUAUCUCAGGAAUUAAAAUCUUUGUGACGACCAAGACGUCUCAGAGCCAGGGGGUGGAGGAGGCUCUGAAGAACCGGAACUUCACGGUGGAGAAAAUGAGUGCUGAGAUUAACGAGAUCAUCAGGGUGUUACAGCUGACCUCCUGGGACGAAGACGCUUGGGCCAAUAAGGAUACAGAGGCCAUGAAGAGGGCAUUGGCACUCAUAGACUCCAAAAUGACCCAGGCCAAAAAUUGGCUGAGAGAUCCCAAUGCACAGCCAGGAGAUCCAGGAGAACAAGCCAUUCGUCAGAUUUUGGAUGAGGCAGGUAAAGUUGGAGAGUUGUGUGCAGGGAAGGAAAGGAGGGAUAUUCUGGGCACGGCCAAGACCCUGGGACAGAUGACUGAUCAGGUUUCAGACCUGCGUGCCAGAGGUCAGGGGGCAUCUCCGGUGGCCAUGCAGAAGGCUCAGCAGGUCUCUCAAGGCCUAGACAUGCUGACGGGGAAAGUGGAGAACGCCGCCCGCAAGUUAGAGGCCAUGACCAAUUCCAAACAGGCUAUCGCCAAGAAGAUAGACGCAGCUCAGGCCUGGCUUGCUGACCCUAAUGGUGGUUCAGAAGGAGAAGAGAACGUCAAGACCCUUCUCGCAGAGGCCAGGAAAAUAGCUGACCUUUGCGAGGACCCCAAGGAGAGAGAGGACAUUCUCCGCUCCAUGGGAGAGAUCGCAGCCCUCACUGCCAAGCUCUCUGACCUUAGGAAACAGGGCAAAGGUGACACACCCGAAGCCAGGCUUUUGGCUAAGCAGAUUGCCACAGCCCUGCAGAACCUCCAGUCAAAGACCAACAAGGCAGUCGCCAACAGCAGGCCAGCCAAGGCUGCGGUGCACCUGGAGGGAAAGAUCGAACAAGCACAACGCUGGAUCGACAACCCUACCAUGGACGACAGCGGUGUGGGUCAGGCGGCCAUUCGCGGCCUGGUUGCCGAGGGCCGUCGCCUUGCCAACGCAUUGCCUGGGCCGUAUAGGCAGGAGUUGUUAGGGAAGUGUGAGCAGGUGGAGCAGCUGAUGGCCCAGCUGGCAGACCUGGCCGCACGCGGGCAGGGUGACACCCCACAAGCACGUGCCGUCGCUCAGCAACUACAGGACGCCCUGAAGGAACUCAAAGGAAAGAUGCAGGAGGCAAUGACCCAGGAGGUGUCUGAUAUAUUCAGCGACACAACGACUCCCAUUAAACUACUAGCUGUGGCAGCGACAGCACCUCCUGAAACACCCAACAGAGAGGAGGUGUUUGAUGAGCGGGCUGCUAACUUUGAGAACCAUGCUAGUAGACUGGGAGCCACUGCGGAGAAAGCGGCUGCUGUGGGAACAGCCAAUAAGAACACAGUGGAGGGUAUACAGGCCGCAGUCAAGUCUGCCAGGGAGCUGACACCACAGGUGGUUUCUGCUGCUCGUAUCCUUCUGAAGAACCCUGGCAACCAGGCCGCCUACGACCACUUUGAAACCAUGAAGAACCAGUGGAUAGACAAUGUCGAAAAGAUGACAGGUUUGGUCGAUGAAGCCAUAGACACCAAGUCUCUGCUGGACGCCUCUGAGGAUGCCAUCAAGAAAGACCUUGAGAAGUGCCAGGUGGCUAUGGCCAAUCACCAGCCACAGAUGCUGGUUGCCGGGGCAACCAGCAUCGCCAGGAGAGCAAACAGAAUCCUAUUGGUGGCCAAGAGGGAAGUGGAGAACUCUGAGGAUCCUAAAUUCAGGGAGACGGUGAAGGGGGCAUCAGAUGAGCUUAGCCAGACCAUAUCUCCCAUGGUGAUGAACGCCAAGGCUGUGGCUGCCAACAUUCAGGACCAAGGUUUGCAGAAGGGUUUCCUGGACUCGGGCUAUAAGAUCCUGGGAGCUGUGGCCAAGGUUAGAGAGGCCUUCCAGCCUCAGGAGCCAGACUUCCCCCCUCCUCCUGCUGAUCUGGAUCAGCUCCAUCUCAACGAUGACGCUGCCCCACCAAAGCCCCCACUGCCAGAGGGUGAGGUUCCUCCUCCCAGACCUCCUCCCCCAGAGGAGAAGGAUGAGGAGUUCCCUGAACAACAGGCUGGAGAGAUGGUUAGCGAGCCAAUGAUGGUGGCUGCCAGGCAACUCCACGAUGAGGCCCGCAAGUGGUCCAGCAAGGGUAACGACAUCAUCGGUGCGGCCAAGCGAAUGGCACUGCUGAUGGCUGAGAUGUCCCGCCUGGUCCGCGGAGGCAGCGGGAACAAACGUGCGCUCAUCCAGUGUGCCAAGGACAUCGCCAAAGCUUCUGAUGAGGUCACACGACUGGCCAAGGAAGUGGCCAAACAGUGCACGGAUAAACGCAUCCGCACCAACCUGCUACAGGUGUGUGAGCGUAUCCCAACCAUCAGCACCCAGCUGAAGAUUCUGUCCACCGUCAAGGCCACCAUGUUGGGUCGCACCAACAUUAGUGAGGAGGAGUCUGAGCAGGCCACAGAAAUGUUGGUCCACAACGCCCAGAACCUGAUGCAGUCAGUGAAGGAGACGGUGAGAGAGGCGGAGGCUGCCUCCAUCAAGAUCCGUACUGACGCUGGCUUCACCCUGCGCUGGGUCCGAAAGACCCCCUGGUACCAGUAGAAAACUGGGUCUUUUGUUUAAUAGCUCCAGAGUGGUACCAGGACGGCUGCCUCUCUGAGCUGUAAACGGCAAUACUAACCUUCUGAACUUCCCCACACAGCCCUCGUACCCUUGUAUGGGUAAAAUAAUUUUUCCUGUUUUUUCCUGUGUGUAUUCCAUAUCAGUUCAUUCUACUGGUAAUUUGUUUUCCCUAGAGAGUGAGUGGUUUAGAAUGUAAAAUAAGGGACAAUCCAGUGGAACUGGUAUAAUGUUGUCCUGAGGAAUUCCUUUUCUAUUAUGUAAAGAAUGUGCUCAACCUUUCCAGAAAUCCUGAGUAUAUAUUUUUUUGACUAGAGAUUCAAAUAUGGUAUUGCAAAUUGUUGUUAGACUCACUUUUUUUAGCACAAAACAAAUGUAUUGAUAGGAGUGUUGCCGAGGUUGUCGGAUUUUCCAAGGGGAUUUUUUUUAAAUAUCUUUGAAUUAUUAGUGUAUAUCUCUGUGUACUGGGAAUUGUACCAUCUCCAUGACAACCAUUUGAUUCUCAGAAUGUUUGUAUAAAUAUAACUACAUACCCAGCUGAACACAUUCAUACUCAUCUUUAUUUUAGCUGUUUACACCAUAAUAUGUUUUACAGAAAAAAAACACUGUGCUUCUUUUUACAGUUUAGCUAAGUUAAGAGAAGGUAAAAUACAAACUGAUCUUUAACUAUAUGUCAAAAAGUAAUUUGCUAAGAUCUUGUUUUGUUUGACUUGUGUGUCAAAGGUUCUGCCAAAGAUUUACUGUUUAAAACUUUGCUCUCUUCCUAUAUUUUUUCAUGUAAUUUUGUUUGUUUGUUUUUUGAGGUGGGCUUAUCAGAGGUUUGUCAAUAUUAAGGGCUAAAUUAGUGAAGACAUUACAAACCAUCAACAAAGUUGAUAUUAAUUUUGAAUUUGAUACACAGAUUCUACUGUACUAGUUCUUAUAACUGGCAUUCAUGUUCUAUGGUCAUAGGAUUUAUGCAUUGAGAUCUUAUUUAAGUUUGUGCCUUCGGAGUAAAAAGUACACAAUUUGACAAAAAAAACCCCCAAAAACACAAGGCCUUUUGGCAGGUGCUACUAUACUUUAACCUCAAUGUGAAAUCAAUCCAGUCUUCUUUAAUUAGACUCUUUAAUCAUUUCAUUGUCCUUCCCAUUACUGCCUAGAUAGAAUUUAUUUGCCAGACUCACAUUUCCACUCAGUGCACAGUGUCCUUUGAAAUACACUAACUCACUUUCUCAUUGAAAAUGUACUUGCAUACAUAUUUAAGGAAGUAAAGUCUUUAGACUUUAAGUUCUCUUUCCUUUUUGUAAUGUUUAGAAGACCAGCCGUUC